GCCCAUGGCUUCUCGGAGGAGGGACUUCAGCCCAGCAAAAGCGAGCGGGGCUGAGCGGGUGCCCCAGGGCUGGGAGGAGUCACCCGAGAACUACUGGGCGAACCAUGGAGCCUCCCCGGGUGGUGCUGGUGAUGGGAGUGAGCGGCUCGGGAAACUGGGGUGGAAAUUCUAUGAUGCAGAUGACUACCAUCCUGAAGAAAACCGAAAAAAGAUGGGGAAAGGAAUACCACUGAAUGACCAGGAUAGGAUUCCAUGGCUUUGCAACUUACAUGACAUUUUAUUGAGAAACAUUUCCUCAGGUCAAAGUGUGGUCCUUGCCUGUUCUGCUUUGAAGAAAAUAUACAGAAACAUCUUAAUAAGAGGAGAAGGUGCUACAACUCAGGGGUAUGAUGAGCCAGGAGAAAAAGGAUUCCCAGAGCUGAAGCCCCUUGUGGUCUAUUUGAAUGGAUCUUUUGAAGUGAUUUCUGGGCGUUUAGCCAAAAGAAAGGGACAUUUUAUGCCACCAGAGUUGCUCCAGUCCCAGUUCGACACUCUGGAACCCCCAUCAGCACCGGAAAACUUUCUGUCACUUAAUGUGGACAGAAGUGUCUCAGAAAUUAUUUAUUUUAUUGUGGACAAUAUAAAAAUUAAAUGAGGUCUCUUUUGGAGCAAUCAUCAGAUCUGAAUUAGACUUAAUCAUUUUGUCAAAUCUUCAUUAAGAUAUUCCUACUCAUAAAAAUUUUCUCUACUGAAUGUCAUUCUCCAAUAUCCCCAAAGUUGGUUAUUUUCCCUUUCAAAAUAUCAGACUGUCAGCAAGGAGACUUCUUUCCUCCUAUGCCCCGGCCCCUUGCCCCACCAGCCACUGGGAGGUCUCUGCUUCCCUUCCCCUGCUCCCUCAAGCUGCCCACAGGGACUUGGUCUCAAGUCCACCCUCCCUAACACUGAUGGGGAGCAGAAACUGUAGAGGGAAGAAACCCAUUUGAUCUCAUUUCCUUGCUGCUCCAGCCCAUAGCCCUCUCUCCUCUGUCCCUGGUCAUAGCCGAAGGCUUUAACUUUGCACACUUUGGGGCCACGGUGUGUAUCAAAUAAGCUGAAUAAAACAAGCAAAGACAUAUAUAUAUAUAUAUAUAUAUAUAUAUAUAUAUAUAUAAUCAGAAUUGUUUCCCAAAGUACUUUCUCUUGAAACCUGAUGAAGAAUCCUCCCUUAUAGCAUAGCAGGUGAAACCCAACCAAUAACGACUGCAUCAGAAAAUACAUGCAACGUUACAACCUUGUAGCUCUCCAUAUCUCUACCAAAAAGAGGGAGGCAUUUUUCCUUUUCUUUAGUAUCAAAAUGAAUGUAACUUUUAAAUCUAUAAUUGGCAUUUGUUUUUAAUUGAUAUUAUUGUACUCAUUGUGCGUUUUGUUCUCUGGCUUUAUGUUCUUUACUCUGUAUGAGUUCAUGUAAACCUUUUGAUGUUACUCCAAAUUCCUCCUAAUCAUUGUUUCUUGUGGUACAAUAAAAUAUUCUUAAAUACCUUUAACACUUUAGUUUGUUCAUUCAUUUUCCAAUUAAUGGGUAAGAACUUUUUUUUACUACCACAAAUAUUUUGCCAUUUAUGGGAUUUUUCUUACUGUUGCGAUAUUGUUGGAGUAUAAACCUAGUAGACAGAUGACUGGAUCAGAAUAUGAAUAGUUGAGUGAUUUUUCUUUAAUAUUCUUGGAACAAAUUACUGUCUUGGCAUAGUUUAAGAGAUUUCCAGUGAUUUUGGAGCUAUUCUCUGUAUGUGGGAUUUGAGAAUAAUUCAAAUCAAAGUUUUAAAUGGGAUUUUGAUCCCAUUCAGAACAGCUAGUGAUUAAAGGAAACUUCAUUAAAUAUAAUGGAAAACACUAUCUUAAAUAGAAAUAGAUGAGAGAGAUUGCUGAGGAAAAGAAUAUAGAGAAAAGAACAAAGAGCAAAGAACAGAAUUGGAAGGGAUGACCACUUUUGGGGACCAAGAAGUAGAAAUACCAAAAAGGGAACACAUGAAGUGGUCAAGCAAAUUGGAGAACGAAUAGAGGAUUAUCAUAAGAGCCAAAGAAAGAAAGA